AUAUGUGACGCAUGCGCACGGGUCGAUCUUCCUUUCUGCUAGCUUCUCCGCCAUGGCGCCCAUUGUAAGUGGAAUCGCGUGUUGAUAAAUCCUCCGAAACGGGUGGUAAUUCCGUGUAAAAGCAGGAGAAAUCGAGCGAUAUGAAAUGAAAAUGUUUCUAUGACAAUUUUAAGUCAAUUUUGAGCCGCUUGGUUAUGUUUUCUCAGUGUUUAUAGCCGCUGUUUUCUCCGUGGCCUGGUAGCUAACGUUAGCCUGUAAGAGACUCACCACGUUGUGAACUCUGCGUGUCCGGAUGGAUCCAUGACAGCAGCUUGUUUUACUGGUUUCUCACAGUUUAUGGUUAUACAUUUAAUUUUAGUUGUGUGAUUUGCAGCUCGGGUACAUGAACGUUAGAUGGCGUGAAAGACGUAGUGUUGUAACUAAGGAUUGGAUCGGAACCGGGUUCGCUUCCUGGAGCCUGUUUGGCUGUUUAUCAAGUUUUUCUAAACUGAAGCCUGUUCAAUACUGAUAAAAAGUCCUCGAUUUAAACAGAAAAACAGGAAAAAAAAUGGACAUGUGGCUGUCAGACAGUCUUCUUAGUCCUGGUUAGAGCAACAUUGAGGAUUGAUGGUUUUCCCUCAUGUCUUCACAGCAGAAGAAGCAGAACACCGGCAAAGGUGGUAAGAAGAAGAAGCAGAUCCUGAAGUUCACUUUGGACUGCACCCACCCUGUUGAAGAUGGCAUCAUGGACGCUGCCAACUUUGUAAGUCCACCUCUGAUCUGAAGUUGCAUGAGAACAGGAAUCUGCAAAAAGUUUUCCAUCAGAUUGAUUUUUAUGUGUCAGAUCUCAGGUUUUCAACAAUCCAGAACACUAUCUGCUCAGAAGGGUUUGGUGCCAUUUCACUUUUCUGUCCCGUUCUUAUGAUUCUGAUUCCGGCAAAUUUGGACAGUAAAAUAAUAACAAAAGUGACUUUGUCGUUAAGACAGGUUCUUACAAGUGUGAGAUGGAUUCAGGGUGUUUUUAAACCUUCAGAGUAGAUACAGACAGAUAAAUGUUAUUUUGAUGUAAUUGGCAUCACCCCUCAUGAGGCUGAAAUCACCUUUUAUCAUUCGAAAGAUUUACAAAAACAUUUUCUAAAGUUCACUGAUUUUGUUUCCCAUUUGUAUGUAUUAUCUUAAAACAAUGUGAUGUGGACUUGAUAAAUGCGACGGCUGAUAUCAAUCGUCAUUAACACGUUUACGCCCUUAAAUAUUCAUGGUUCAGAAGCCUCACCCACUGCGGUCAAACAUGUAAUAGGAGAAAUAUUAGAAAGAUUUGAAACUUUUCCGAGCUGAAAGUAGAUAUCCUCACAUCUGUGGUGGACACUAACAAGGAUUUGCUCUUUGGAAGCAUCAAAACUGGUAUAAAAGCAGUCCAGAAAACUCCUGUCUGAAGCAGGAUUAUGGUGGCGGUGAACAGCGCUGCCACGGAAUAGUGGACAGUGGCUGAAGUUUGAAUAAAUCAUCAGUCAGUAAGUUGCUCAUGAUGAUAAAUUAAUAUCUCAAACAUACCUCAUAUUUUUUAUUGCCAUGACAUAGGGUACGUUGCUCCUAUUAUUGAAAGUAUUGAGUUUUAAUUUGUUGUCUUUGUAAUGUAGAGCAGACUGGAGAGUCUGACAGAGGCUAAACAAAAAUAAUUAUUAACCUCACCAAGCGGUGUGUUGCUGCCCCUGAGGCACAUUUUUUAUGGAUUUCUAUUAGACUUUUAUCACUUUUUAAAUAGCAAGAGCACUUUCUAAACUCAAACUUGACAUCAGAAUCCAUCAAUAAGGUCCUGUCUCCUCUGUACAGCACCUUUGUGGAGUCUCUCCUCGUUAUUGUUCUCCGGGCAUCGGGUCCUUACGUUGCACCGGCACAGCCAACGGCACUCCAUUUGCCAGUGCAACAUUGUGCAAAACUGUACUGGCCAAAAUGAUGUCCCACACCCUUUUAGGAGUGUACAACAACGUCCCUGCUGCUGGGCCAAGACAGAGACACCUGCCUUUUAGGAGUCAAACGCAGCGCUCCACAGUGCCGCGUGUGCAUGUGUGUGCAAUGUUGAAACGGCGCUUCUGCUCUGUGGCAGUGUUUCUGGGCAGAGUUAUCAAAUAGGCCUAUUCACUAAGGACAGAACAAAUUUAUUUUAUUUUAUUUUAUUUACAUCUUAAUCUUCAAUGAAAUCUGGCUGAUUGUGAUUAAUGACAGGUUUGAGGUUUGUUUAUCAAUUAUUUUGAGACAGACAUUUGCUGCACCACAGAUCCACACUGACUCAAACUUGCGCACACGAUGUCACAUGCUCACAUGCAGAUUGAUAAAUGCCGAUCCUCAUGUCGCAACUUACAUACGCAAGGUGUACACAAGUUUUCUGCCGUACGCAAGCUUGAUAAAUGAGGGCCAAUGUGUCUGCUAUCAGCCUGAUCGCUCAAAAGUAGUGUGUUUACAUCAGGCGACCACGUUUCAGAAUGAAACAAAUAACGUUUCCUUUGUUUCAUCUCUUUCUUUUUAACAGCGGCGUUCUCUCUCUCUCUCUCUCUCUCUCUCUCACUCUCUUCACUUCCUCUCUAAGUCCCUUUGCCGCCUCUGCUCUUUCAUUUCUCACAUCCGCUGUGAUAAAAACAGGAAUGUUCAAUAAACCAUUUGGGCUGAUAUCAUUUUUAUUUUAUUGUGGUAGUUUUUUUAUGUCUGUGUCAAAUGAGCUUAGAUUUUUUUUAUAUAUUAAAGUCGUUGUUAGUUGUCCCUUUACUCCAAGUGUCACUGCUGGGUGUCACUAGGCCUGUCACGAUAACAAAUUUUGCUGGACGAUAAUUGUGCUACAAAUUAGCACGUUACAAUAUCCCACCGCGCACAUACUUCAUUUUUGGUUCAUUGUUACAUUUUAAAGGAAGGAGAUAUGCCUAUAUAUUGCACUUUAAGUUGUUUUUCAUUAAUAAUUAUGUUGAAAAGAAGAUAUUAUGCCGUAUGCACUACUUUUAUAUAUUUUAAUUCAACCAUUUAAGUGUUUAAUAUACAGACAAAACUGCUUUUUGCUGAUCCGAAAAAUGAUCCGAUCCGUGACUCUUGAUCCGAGGAACGAUCCGAUCCGUGAGUGUUGUGAUCCGUUGCACCACUACUCAUAACUGAUGUUUUCUUUCACUUUAACCAUGAAAGCAAGUUAGUGUUUGUCUAACAGGCGAUUCUUUCCCUCCUCUUUGAGUCUGCUGUUCCCUGCCAGUGUUUAAUUAAUAUUGAGGUAUAUAGGUACAAAAGAUACUGACACCUCUGCAUGGCACAUAUUUGGUUGAUGUCUGUCUUAGAGUGAAAUAUCAGCUGAUACAGGUAUUUGGCAGAUCAAUUAGUGCCAUUUCCUAGAUAAACAAACAUGAUUGUAGAUUUGUUUUAUUAUAAAGUGGUGUUUAUGAUAGGUACUUCAGCAUAGAAUGAAAAUACACUGAGGCACGGUACACAGCCUGAACUCUCACUAUUCUUCUUAGAUCCUGAAUGUUUGCUCAUAUAAGGGUUAUUUUUCUGCUGGAAUUAUCACACAUGUUCUGUGUUUGUGACAUUUCCAUAAACUUUUUGACCUCUAGGAGCAGUUUCUUCAGGAGCGCAUCAAGGUCAACGGGAAAGCUGGCUCCCUAGGAGGUGGUGUGGUCUCCAUUGAGAGGAGCAAGAGCAAGAUCACAGUGUCCUCUGAGGUCCCCUUCUCUAAAAGGUGAGGGACACUUUGCUCUUUUUGUGGUGGGUUGAAGUACAGACUGCAGCAUCUGCACACAUCCUCUCUGGGAUAGAAGAUAUCCAGUUCAGCAUAGCUGGUGAAAAAAUGUCUUUGCUAUUGUACAGAAACUCAAACCAGUCAGGAGUGUAGAUGCAGGGCUGUGUCUCUGUGCUCAGCUGUGUAUCAAGUGGAAGUUCAACUGAUACAAGCUGGAUUUUUCUCUGCUCUCUAGGAACUGAGUUGGUGAGCACAAGAUUGGAAAAAAAUGAGGAUUGAGACACUAUUAAGACAUGAUUGAAUACUUAAAGAGAAGUGAAGUCUUCAAAUAAUUCAGAAAACAAAAGGGACUUAAAAAGAUUAUAUAAAAUUGUAAAACAGUUUAAUUCCAAAAUGUAAUUUUGUAUUUUUCCCAACAUGAUUCUUUUUUCAAACUGGCUGUCAUGUUCUCAUCAAUAACAAAGUCUUAAAGGAUGUUUGACUGAGAAAAGUCAGAAACUACUCAUCACGUGGAACCUUGUUUUCUGUUUUUCUGACCACAGAUCGAUACUUUGAAUUUUUGUCCUUUAAUUUUAAAUCAAAUUAAAGACGAAACUAAUAUGAAUCAGUCACAAACAACGCUCCUGUAGAUAUUUGUUUUUAUUUUCUGUACACAUAUUAAUCUGGGUUAAUGUUUUUUUGUCACUGCUAUGUGCACUGAGUCCUCAUGCACGGGAUGAUUUGACAAAGAGAAAGCACAAACACUCACACUCAGCGGAAAGGGGUUAAUGAGCUCCUGAGCUGUGAUUGGUCAGAUUUGUUGGAGGGGGCUGAUCCAUCACAGAAAUCAGUCUGUGGGGUGUUUUUACUGCUUGUUGGAGGUGUGUCUUCAUAGGAGUCUUCUCAGGUUUCUCCAAAAUAAGAGGCCUCAGUCCCCAACAUCUCAGUCUCGUCUUUAUCCCCUUGCUGCUUAUGCAGGGUUGGUUUGUGUCAGUGUGCGUUCAGCGUUCUAGGAUAUUUUAUGACGUAUUCACACCUGUUGUUUGUUUGCUUUGGUCUGAAUAAGGGUGUAAUGAUGGCAGGCCUACAUUUCAGCAGUUGCAGAACCGCAGUGUGUAGAAAGUGGCGAGCUGAUGAUCAUCUGUUUACACCUGCACUUCCUUCAUGACUUCUUUAAGAACAGAUCUUCAUACCUGAGUUUAGUGUUUGUAGAUCAUGACGUCGACAUCUCCCUCCCCUGACUCGGCUGAGGUCAUUGUCUCAGUUUCUGUUUGUGAAUGUGGACUCCCUCUGGAACAAUAGCCCAGUCUGUACUGAAGGGGUUAAUCUUUUUUUUUUUUUUCCACACGGAUCUUGAAGUUCCAUUGAAUCAAAUCCAACUCAUGAGUUAGUCCAGACUUAAUCCAGUGACUGAACAUUCGUUUGAAGAGUUGUUGCUGGUGGAGGUUGGUGAGCACAAUUCAUCAGGCUGAAGGGGCCCAAGGCAUGCGACCAUGGUUUUUUUCAUCACUGCUGUUCCACAGGAGGAGAAACAGGUAAUCAAAGCUGGAUAUUAGGGCUUCUGAUUGAGAAGGGGGUUUGAUCAAUCAUGAGCUAAAAUGCAGAAGUUUUGCCCUUCUGUGUUGGUUUUUUUGUGUGUUAAGAGUUAGCAUUUUGUGAGGAGUAGUUGAGGAGUUAGAGACGCUGUAGUCAUUCGCCCCUCUGUUAACGCCACAUGGAAACUGGUGGGUGAUGAGGGCACAGUAGGCUGAUGUUCUGUGAGUUGUAAAAAGUGUUCAUCUUCCUAACCCAGUUUUAAAAAAAAAGAAACUCAGUUGUUUUUAGUGGAGACAUAUGAGCUGUGUUUUUACCUUCAUGAUAAGAGCUCAGUCAUGUCACUGUCUGAGAAGAGCUAACAGUUCUAGCUGUAACUCAAGCUUGGUUGUGUUCCUCUGUUUCAGUCUUUGGGCAAAGCUAAUUGGCUGUUGGUGUACAAACAGGAGCGAUACAAAAUAAAUCCUCUUACUCAGCCAAAAUGAGAGUAAAUGUACACUCACCGGCCACUUUAUUAGGUACACCUGUCCAACUGCUCGUUAACACUUAAUUUCUAAUCAGCCAAUCACAUGGCGGCAACUUAGUGCAUGUAGGCAUGUAGACAUGGUCAAGACAAUCUCCUGCAGUUCAAACCGAGCAUCAGUAUGGGGAAGAAAGGUGAUUUGAGUGACUUUGAACGUGGCAUGGUUGUUGGUGCCGGAAGGGCUGGUCUGAGUAUUUCAGAAACUGCUGAUCUACUGGGAUUUUCACGCACAACCAUCUCUAGGGUUUACAGAGAAUGGUCCGAAAAAGAAAAAAUAUCCAGUGAGCGGCAGUUCUGUGGGCGGAAAUGCCUUGUUGAUGCCAGAGGUCAGAGGAGAAUGGCCAGACUGGUUCGAGCUGAUAAAGGCAACAGUGACUCAAAUAACCACCCGUUACAACCAAGGUAGGCAGAAGAGCAUCUCUGAACGCACAGUACGUCGAACUUUGAGGCAGAUGGGCUACAGCAGCAGAAGACCACACCGGGUGCCACUCCUUUCAGCUAAGAACAGGAAACUGAGGCUACAAUUUGCACAAGCUCAUCGAAAUUGGACAAUAGAAGAUUGGAAAAACGUUGCCUGGUCUGAUGAGUCUCGAUUUUUGCUGCGACAUUCGGAUGGUAGGGUCAGAAUUUAGCGUCAACAACAUGAAAGCAUGGAUCCAUCCUGCCUUGUAUCAACGGUUCAGGCUGGUGGUGGUGGUGUCAUGGUGUGGGGAAUAUUUUCUUGGCAUUCUUUGGGCCCCUUGGUACCAAUUGAGCAUCGUUGCAACGCCACAGCCUACCUGAGUAUUGUUGCUGACCAUGUCCAUCCCUUUAUGACCACAAUGUACCCAACUUCUGAUGGCUACUUUCAGCAGGAUAAUGCGCCAUGUCAUAAAGCUGGAAUCAUCUCAGACUGGUUUCUUGAACAUGACAAUGAGUUCACUGUACUCAAAUGGCCUCCACAGUCACCAGAUCUCAAUCCAAUAGAGCAUCUUUGGGAUGUGGUGGAACGGGAGAUUCGCAUCAUGGAUGUGCAGCCGACAAAUCUGCGGCAACUGUGUGAUGCCAUUAUGUCAAUAUGGACCAAGCUCUCUGAGGAAUGCUUCCAGCACCUUGUUGAAUCUAUGCCACGAAGAAUUGAGGCAGUUCUGAAGGCAAAAGGGGGUCCAACCCGUUACUAGCAUGGUGUACCUAAUAAAGUGGCCGGUGAGUGUAUAUUCUAGACCAGUGGUUCUCAAGUCCAGUCCUCGAGGCCCACUGUCCUGCAUGUUUUGGAUGUUUUCCUGCUCCAACACACCUGAUUCAAAUGAUCAGCUCGUUAUGAAGCCAUUACAGAGCUUGAUAACGAGCUGAUCAUUUGAAUCAGGUGUGUUGGAGCAGCAUUUGUCAUUCUUCUAGGGUGAGCUGCACUGGUUAUACUCAGCACGGUUUGGAUUAAAGUCCUCUUUGGGGAGGGGUCACUGCAAACCAUUAAAAAGUUGUUUAAGUGUGUUAUCUUUCCUGUUAAAGACUCACUCUGGGGAUUUUUGCCGUUAUUUGGUCAAACAGCUGGAGACCGACAGAAGUGUUUGAGUGGAAGGGUUAGGGACAUUGUGCACCACAUGGCUACAGGCCGAGAGUUAAACCUGUGACCAGUGGAACAAAGACUGAGGCGUCUGCUCUGCGGAUUGUGCUCCCUUCAGUGCCAUUCCCCUGUGAUCAAAAGGAGAUGAAGGAACAACAAAGAGAAACAGGAAUGGGGCAGAAAAUGAACAAAAACUCCACUGAUUGAGGACAAAUUAGAAACCUCGUUAUUUCUGUCCCAGUUCACAUGAUAAAUACUCGUAGCCUGGUUUCUGAUUGCUGCAGCAUAUUGUGAUGUUUUUUUACAACACAAAACUGCAGCAGUUUAAACCAUUGUACCUUAUUGUGGGAGCUUAGCACUGCUUAACACUUACAUUACAUAAUAGAAACCAUUUCUUCAUCUCGUUCCUAUCAACCAAACAAGAUUCAAAGACCAAAACUUUUGACACACCUGAGCAGGUACAUAGCAGGAAAGUCGACAGUGAAAGCACCAAGACUGGGUAGAGUCCAACACUGGACACCUACACACUGUCAUUGUAAAGCAGGCUGUUAAGGCUGUCUGCAGCUCUACAACAGCUGGAUCGAAGUUCUGCCAUCACUCUGCUUUUUUACUCUGAAGUGGUGUCAUAUCGGUGCCCCAGUGUGUCAUUGCACAUCACAACACGUGGUUGCAUACUCACCCACUCAGACAUGCAUGUGCACACAGUGCUGCCCACACUGCCAGCCCUCAUAGGUGAUAACAGAGGUGGCAGUGUGUGGCGUUGGAAUAGUAAUGCAUGUAUGAGGAGCUCCUAUUUUGUGUUUACAAGCUGUACCCUGCUAAUAUAGUGGGAUGUGUAAUGACGCUCUAGGACCCCCAGCAUGACAUGUUUUCAGGGUACAGAGUGGAAGUAGAAAGGCGUAAUCGAAGUUGAGCUCUGUUCUGGUGCAGAGGUACAAAGCAGAGCACCAGGAGAGACAAGAAAUCUGACUGACACUCCCUCCUUCUCUGUUGCCCGCUGAUCCUGUUUCACAGGUACCUGAAGUAUCUGACCAAGAAGUACCUGAAGAAGAACAACCUCCGUGACUGGCUGCGCGUCGUGGCGAACACCAAGGAAAGCUACGAGCUCCGUUACUUCCAGAUCAACCAGGAUGAAGAGGAGGAAGAAGAUGAGGAUUAAAACAACAAUCCAUCUGAUUUUGUACAUUUAAAUAAAUGUUGUUUACACACAGGAGCUGUUUACCCGUGUUUUCUUUGAAGGUAGAGAACUAAACCCAAACGGUGUAUUUUUUUUGUUGUUUUUGGAAGUAUCAGUCCUUAAAAGUAACGGUGUCAGAGGCCUCAGAGACCCAGUCCUGGGUCCAGCAGAUUUGCUCUGUUGGAGGAGCAGACAUCUUCACAGGGCUGUUAAAUCUGUGUACUGUUUAACUUUGACCUUUAUUUUGUAACUUUAAAAUGAAAAGUUCCCCUUAAGUAGAGUUUAUUGAAAGGAAUUUAUUGCUAAUGCUGCAUGAGAGCAUUUACAUGAUUUUCUUGUUGAAUUUUUUGAUUCAGUUCAGCAAACAUUUGAUCAAAGAGGAAUACCGAUCCUCAAAGACAUUUCCAGGUACAGUACUUCAGUAAUUUGUCAUAAUCCACCAGUAAGAUAUAAAAGUAAUCCUGCAACUUCAAUCCCUCACUUAAAAGGACUCGUAUCCACAUAUGAGUGUAGUGGUUUGAAUUUAUAGUAAGUGUUUUAAGGUUAAUAUUUUAAAAUCUUACGAUACGACAUGCACUUGUUGAUAGGGGCACUGUUGAUAGGAGUCAGAUCCUACACAGAUUACGAUUGUUAUUGAAUUCUUGGUUCAUAAUAAUUGAUUUGAUACUGAACAGCUAUAAAGAAAUGUUGAAUCACAUUAACAAACAUUCUCAUUAUACUUCAUCACUUCUCAAAAGAGUACUGAACAUGCUCAGUAAAUCUGAACUUAAACAGUAACUUGGAAACCGUGAACCACAUGUAAAUAAACUCUAUUAUGAUAAAUAA